AUGAAUGCCCUCGCUGCUGGACCAGCAGCCCGCCCGCGGCCAAAAGUGAAGUACCCCGACGCGUACCCGCACUGGCACUACCCCGCCGACUUUGUGCUGAAGCCGUCGCCCUUCGUCGACUCUGCCGUGGAGAGCGCACACGUCGUGCGCCGGCAUCACCACUCGCUCAGCUUGUCGCUGCACUCCCACUCUCGUUCCAACUCGACCACUGCCCCCACUUCGGCGGCCUCCACCUCCUCUCCUUCUCCCUCCUCUUGCCACUCACGUUCCGCCUCCACUUCAACCACCCCCGCUCGUGCCUCCGGUUCGCGUGCCGACCCUGUAUCCGGAGUAACGGACCCUGCCGCCGCGCCUUCAACAUCUGCCCUCCGCACGGCGUCGGACCCAGACACGGUCGCAUACUACCUCUCCGCGCCCAGCAGCAGCAGCCAGGGCGCCGCGCGGCGUCUGCUGGACGCGUUCCGUCCCCGCGCGCCAGUGUAUCUGACAUCAUUCGUGUACGAGGAUGCCGGGUACAUCGAGUCUCCCGCAGCACCCUCAACGUCAACAUCCGCCCCCUCAACCUCGGCGUCGACCCCUGUGGCUGCGCCCCCGCCCGCGCUCAGUACCCCCGAUGCGUCCGUGCUUGCCCCGGUUGCGUCAGCCACAAGCACGCCAACAACAACGUCGCCUCGUGCAUCGCCUAUGCGCGCGAUUCGGCAACAACGCUGCACGCGCUCCGAGCUGACUGCCGCCUUCGGCCGGCUCGUGCAGGACUGGCACCGCUUCUGGGCCUUCGGGAUGGACGUGCUGUACCACGUCCCCACCUCGCCGCCAGCGGGUCGCGAGGCCGAGUUCGAGGAGCGGUUCGGCGACUCCAUAUCGCGCUUGAGGGCGGUUUGGCAGAGCACGCAGUACCGUCUCUUCUGGGGCACAUACCUGUUCGGGGACUACCUCGAGGCCCUGUCCGAGAUGGAGGAUGCGGGUCGCCUGCCCUCCCGCUGGCCACGGACGGGACUCGACACGUCCAGUCGCGCAGUCCGCUUCCCUGGCUGCUCACUCACGCAUCGCGCCCCCGGGGGAAAGAUUGACGACUACGCCUUCCGCGCCGCCAAGGUCAUCAAUGCCAAGCAAGGCGAGCGCAUCCCCGAGGUCGAGGAUGCGUACACCGACAUUGAGAGUCUCAUGUGGGACAUGCUCGAGUUCAAGGGGCUUGAUCCGGAACUCUCCCUCGAGGCCCUGCCCAAGAUGCGCGGGGCUGCGUACUCUACUCCGGGCCGAUUCGAGCCGCCGCCCCCACCCUAUGCUCCGCCCAGCUAUGAGGAUGCCUGUGCAAGCUGCUCGGGAUGUUCGAGCGCCGAGUCGAGUUCGCGCGCGAGCUCGAGGGCGAGUUCUGGCUGGGGCUCGCCCCGCAGCUCCUAUGACAGCGCCAGCAGCGAGUAG